ACCUAGAAGGAAUUAUUUUCACCUCUUUAAUCAUCAUUCAAAACUUAAGAUUUAUACACCAUGCCAUGCAAGUUUUUCUUCUUAAGUCUGUUUUUUCUCCCCAUACUUCUCCUUGAACCACUGGAUACACAUAACAUCAGUUUGGGACUGCCAGUACAGCAUGAACAAAAGACCAGGGGGUUUGAAAACUUGCAGACUUUAUGAUAUUAGAAUAGGACCUUUUUUGACUGUGGCUUCUUGUCUGGGGGGUUACUAGAAGAUCCAGUGUGACAAAGUGGUCAUUGGCAACCCCCACUGAUGUUUCUGUAGUAGACAGACACAGUGAUAACUAAUCAAAGUAAUUUGACUGUCAGCCUCUGAUCAGUUUUUAAGCAGAGAGGUGAUGUAAGUGUAUAUAACAUCAGCAAAAUGCUGGACAUGUCAGAUCAUCCCCUGGCCCGCUGUUUCUCUUUUCAUAUUAAGAUAGAAGAGAAUGAGAAACCUAGAUGUCUCUGCCUCCCCUACUUCAAAUCAGUUCUUGCAACAAUAGCUUUUGCUUUCCUCCUCCUCCCGAUGUGCCAGUAUUUAACAAGACCCUGUUCACCUCAGAAUAAGAUUUCCUUUGGUUGCUGUGGGCGUUUCACUGCUGCUGAACUACUAUCAUUCUCUCUGUCUGUCAUGCUCGUCCUUAUCUGGGUUCUCACUGGCCAUUGGCUUCUUAUGGAUGCCCUGGCCAUGGGUCUCUGUGUAGCCAUGAUCGCCUUUGUCCGCCUGCCCAGCCUCAAGGUGUCCUGCCUGCUCCUCUCAGGGCUUCUAAUCUACGAUGUCUUUUGGGUGUUUUUUUCUGCCUACAUCUUCAAUAGCAAUGUCAUGGUGAAGGUGGCCACGCAACCGGCUGACAAUCCCCUUGACGUUCUAUCCCGGAAGCUCCACCUGGGGCCCAAUGUUGGGCGUGAUGUUCCUCGCCUGUCUCUGCCUGGAAAACUGGUAUUCCCAAGCUCCACUGGCAGUCACUUCUCUAUGUUGGGCAUUGGGGACAUCGUGAUGCCUGGACUCCUGUUGUGCUUUGUCCUUCGUUAUGACAACUACAAAAAACAAGCCAACGGCGACUCCUGCGGUGCCUCUGGACCUGCCAAUAUCUCUGGACGCAUGCAGAAGGUCUCCUACUUUCACUGCACUCUCAUUGGAUACUUUGUAGGUCUGCUCACUGCAACCGUGGCGUCCCGCAUUCACCGAGCGGCCCAGCCCGCCCUUCUCUAUUUGGUGCCGUUCACCUUAUUGCCGCUCCUCACAAUGGCCUAUUUAAAGGGUGACCUUCGGCGGAUGUGGUCUGAGCCAUUCCACUCCAAGUCCAGCAGUUCCCGAUUCCUGGAAGUAUGAUGGAUCCCAGACAGUGACCAGAAUGGCCAUCUGAGUCCUUUUCUGUCAACGCGUGGUUUUGUUUCCUCUUAGAGCUGGCCUGGUACUUGGAGAUGUACCUGUAUAAGGAACUGAUGUGUGACUGGAAUUUGCGUUUGCAGGGAGCUUGUGUGCAGGAGCAAGGUGCUGGAGCCCUGCUUCGUUUUUUCUCUUCCUGCCGUUGUAGAGGCGGAGCCCUUCCUGAAGUGACAGGCCCUCCCCAGCGCUCCUUCCUCCCCCGUUUUUAUGAAUCUGCACCAGACUGUUACCUGUGGGGGAUGGAGAUAUGACUGCUUAAAACUGACCAUGGCAAGGAGUCGAUCUAUACCUUUUGAACACUAAAAAGGAUGAAAAAUAUUAGCAAACCGAAGUUUCUUCAGUGAACCCUCAAGAACUUUGGAACCAGUUUCCUAUGGGGGACUCCGUUUCAGAGAACUGAGACAGAAGCUCUUCUGUCAUUAUAUUCUUUCCUUUUUCUGGAUUUAUUAAAUAUUUUCUGUGGUGUGAAGUGACUUAUUAAAAAUCCACAGACAUUGAGUGACUUCUUAAAACAUACAAAUAAGAAUUUGUUGUAAUGAGUUCAUGUCCACCCAGAUGUUGUGUCGGCAGUGAACGAGGGCACGGUUUUAUACAUACACACACGCACACACCGAUACAUAUGAAUAAACAGAAUUAAAACCUGCUAAGAUCAUGCUGUGUAGCAGACAGGGACUUGCUGUAAUUUUUAGCAUGUAAAGCAGUUUAUUCCGGCUUCCUUGUAUAUGGAUACGCUGCUGUCUCUCCCCUCCACAACUGAACAUGCAGUUAAAAAACCAGUAUAGUAUUCGUACUGAUAUACUCAUGGACUUUCGGGGGCUCUUGUUUGGUUUUGAUCAGUGUAGCCAAUUAGGGAUGAAAAGUUCAAACUUUUUGGCCCUUUUUUUGUUUUGUUUUUACAGGCUUCUCCCUUACAGGGUUUUUAGUAGUUUCUUCUUGAACCAAUGCAUGUAAUAUAGCAGCAGGUGUCUUUGUGCUUUCUGAUCAUAGUAAUGUACUACUUGUAAAUACAUUUUUCUAUUUUCUAUUGUUUUUGUAUUUUCUUUCUUUUUUUUUCUGGGUUUUUUUGUUUUUUUGUUUUUUUGGGUUUUUUUUUUGGCAUUUUGUUUCAUUGGUGUGCUGUAUUUCCCAUGCCCUCACUCCUUGAAGAAAAAAAGGAAAAAAGCAACAUGAUCCUGUCCUUACUGUUGUGAUUAUAGUCUCGGUUUACCUGUGGUGACAACUGGGUAUUGGGGACAAAUGUCAGUUUCCCCUCUGAGCUGGGCCCUACAUUGCAGGCAUGGCAGAAGGAGCAGGCUGCUCUGUCCCCUUAGAAUCUGACCGUGUGCUGUGUGGUCUCUGCUGGAGAGCCAUGGUAUUCUGGUAGUAACUACUGUGAUCAUGUCAGCUCGCUUUUGUCUUGGCAACCCCAGCCUGAUAAGAAAUGGCCCACUAUAGAGGCAGAAGCCUGGCUACCUGACAGCAGAAGUGGGAGAAGGGCCCACAUGUACCCCUCUCCCCCUUCAGCAGGUAACCUGCCACCGCUUUGACCUGUGCAAUGAACUGGUGUGCUGUGCCUCCCCGCGGACAGAGCUCAUAGGCAGUGCGUGUCGCGUGGUCAUGGGGACGUAAAGCGAUUAAGACUAUGCGUUCACCUGUUGUGUCUUCAAAUCCUGCUGAGGGCCGUUUCGUUUUUUGUUGUUUUGUUGGUUUUGUUCUGUUUUUGUUUUUUAAUAAAUGACUCCUUUCUA